GCAGCCUAAGGGCAUGGCCAGUCGAUGCCUUAAAAACUGGCUCUGCGACGAAAAGCCCUGUCCACAGAGCCGAUCUACCUGUCCCCUUUGUCUAUUGUCUGGUAUAGGGGUAGUCAGCCAGUGGGUUGGACUACCUGGUGUGAGGUAAGAGGUGGGGGGCAGAGGAUGGCAGAAAGGAGUUAAGACACCUAUACUGCAAGCACUGCCGGUCAGUCACAGUCAUGAACAUUACCUUACACAGAAAGAAGUAAGACAGGUACCGUGAGGAGACGCAAAACAGGGCAGAAUGGUGAGGUGCUGGAAGCAUUCAGAAGCCAGUCUGGAGGACCCACAGAACAUGCACUGUGGUCCCAUGAACUCCUCCAGGGUUCCUCACAAAGUUCUCUGGGGGAGUAUUGCUGCCAUGCUGCUCAUUGUUAUCAUUGCUCUCGGUGUGACCGCACAUCUAGGGCUACAGCACAAGACACAAUCUUCAUUGCAGGUUGUCAGAAUUCCAGAUCACACGAGUGACUUGAUCAAUCAGUCGGCUCUGAUUGACAAGCACAACAACAUAGUGACCUACUCUGUGACUUCCCAUGUCAACCACACCUCCACAGUGAUUUUUGACAUGAGACACGGGUUGGUAUGCUAUAAACCUGACAACCAGGACAGCUGCUUUCUUCGCCGGAUGGAAAGUUUGGAUUACGAGAAUGUGCGAUCUCAACUGAACAAGUCGGAGCAACAGGUUCGUCAGGUCUGGGUGGUGGGAAAUCAGACUGAAAAACACACAGAGUUUUUGGGAGUGCUGUCUGGCAGUCGUGUGGAAGCCUCCACCCUUCAAGAACCUCUUCAGUCCCUCUGUCAGCAGGCCUCUGUGUACUGGACUAGAAGAUCUGAGGGUAAGAGUCCCGGGAAACAAAGACUUAUUUACUUCUGCAUCGACAUCUGCUUUCCCAGCAACAUUUGUGUUUCUGUGUGCUUCUACUACUUGCCAGAGUGACAUUCCACUGACGGUGUACCAGCACACGCCAGGGAAACAAACAAAUGCGUUCACAUCAAUGAGAGCAACUGGAGAGGCUACACAAAUGCCAUAUUUAAUGCCAGUCUGGCAACGAAGGCGGAACCAUCUUGUCAUGUUAUCUGCUAAAUCCUUAUCUUCACCUUUUCUAGUAUUUAGCCCCAUUUUCCAGUGGCGUUUGUACAUGACUCGGCUCUAAGACUCACUCCAGCUUGUAUCUUGUAACCUGAUGCAAACGAGUAAUGGAAAACACUGUUGCUCUACAAUAA